ACCGACACAUGAAUUGGGCAGCCGUCUAAUCACAACAACCAUCCUUAUGACCAGCAUGGCUUCAUUUACCGACGAAAAAGACAGUUUACAGCCAGCUGUUUGCAUGUAUGGUCCAGCUAAUGUGAGAAAUCUUGAGCCAGGCAAGAAGAUGAAAUGGUGCACAUGUGGACUCAGUAAAACUCAACCAUGGUGUGAUGGUGCUCACAAAGGGACAGGUUUCAAAUCCCUGAAGUGGAUAGUACCUUCGAAGCCUCAAUCUCUCUACUCAAUCUGCCUGUGUAAACACACCAAGGAUCCACCCUUCUGUGAUGCAACACAUACUAAUCUACCAGACACUAUAGAACAAUUAAAGAAAGUCUGCCCAAUUAAAGAUGACCAUCAAACUAAGUGCCCUAAGCUAUGCACCAAGUGUGGCUGGGUACCAGACUUUUGAUGCUUCUCUUCCUUACAAGGGAAGCUAAACUAAUCUAGACUCUAUUUUUAUUAAGUGCUUUAAAUUAAAAGCAAAGGACACUAUUGGUAAUUACUCAAAACAAUUGUAAGCAUAAAAACGUACUUGGUAACAAGCAAUGGAGA